GAUAAACAACGUAUCGUAGGCCAAACCCCUCUCUUUCUCCCUCUCACCUUCUUGCUCCCCCCUUCCCUCCUGCUCGCCUUGUCCGUGCUUCAUCCUCCUCUCCUCACUUGAAGUAUAGGUUCUCGAAUACAAACUUCAACCCCUCGUUCUAUUGUCUCGCAUCCUCAUCCGCGUUCAACUCUAUUCCCACCGUUUUCUAUCUAUCCAGCGUGCCAACCAUCUUCCGCCCGCGCCCGACCAUAAAUUUACCAUUGCUUAAAACGCCGCACCCGACCCUUCUCUCUGACAGCUCCACACCACUCCCACCAUACCAACAGCCGUCCAUUAUCUUGCGCUGCACACGUCGCUACAUAAAUAACCCCACCUCGGUUCCAACUGUCCUUUCAACCAAUCCUCCCUCUUCGCCUCCCUCCCACAGAUCAACGCGGAAGAGCAGUUUCACUUAAGCUACCUAGGGGCCCGCCGUCAUGAGUUCUCCAAAGAGAAGGAUAGAGACAGAUGUGAGUUUUUUGGUUGAUGAGCGACUAUGAAGUCACUCUUGUCAACGAUAACAGCAAGAAUUCUACGUUCGAUUCAAGGGUCCUGAAGAAACGCCUUUUACCGGGGCUCCCCGAUCAAUAUCCAUACAAAUCUCCUUCGAUUGGAUUUGUGAAUCGCAUCUUCCACCCCAAUAUCGACGAGCUAAGCGGGAGCGUGUGCUUGGAUGUCAUCAACCAGACGUGGUCCCCCAUGUUCGACAUGAUCAACAUCUUUGAAGUGUUCCUCCCGCAGCUUUUGCGCUAUCCUAACCCGACAGAUCCCCUGAACGGUGAAGCGGCUGCGCUCUUGAUGAGAGAGCCAAAGCAGUACGAGAUCAAGGUCAAAGAAUACGUCGCCAAGUACGCCACAAAAGAGGGUGCAGACGCCGCCACAGACGAUAGUGAAAGCGAUGACGAGAUGAGUUCUGUGGGUAGCUUCGAUUCUACCGAUGAAGAGCCUGCAGGAACCAUGGAAGUUUAACUAUUUUUGGCCAUCUAUCGCGGCGUUUUGUGACUAUCCAAUUCCACUCUCUUUAGGUUUCUGGCUCCGGAGUUUUCUCUUUUUUCCCCUUUUUUCCCCCUUCUUUCGCUUCUUUUCCUUUUUCUUCCUCCUCGCUCUGAUCCCCGGGUUUCUAGCGUCCGAUUCAGCCAGAUUGUUCCUAUAAAUUGGGAGACGGCGGUGAGAAUGAUAGGAAAACAAGGCUUUCUCCACUCCUGAUGCAAUUGGUCGCCGUGGUAUUAUGUGUGAUUUAGUUUUGCUUGCUUGCUUAGCUGAUGUACUGUACCACCAUGCCGUAUGCCAAUACGGUAAUUUGAUUUCCCCCCAGCUGAGUGCCUUUGAUAGGGUAAGCGCGAGGCGAUGGCCGCUAUUUGUCCCUCGCUCCAUAUCGUACUGUACCGUAUUCAACGGAAUCCCAGGGAGUUUUUGCGCUUGUACAAGUAUCUAG